AUGUCUGCUGAAGACACUCAACCCUCUCUGGCACCUGUAGAGCAGGAACAGUGGCCUGCUACAGAGACUACACCAGAACUCACAGCGAAGAGCAGUGCAGGGGGACCUAAAAGUGACACAAUGGAAGUCGAACGCGUAGGUGGCGCUCAAGGACAACCUGAGUCUGCUGGGGCCGUUGGAUCGAACCCUUCGCCGGCGGUCCCUGGCGCAAAACAUGGUACUAUCUAUCGUGAAAAGCAAAUCAAGGCAAACAAAGUUUAUAUCGGAGGGCUUCCUGAGACGACUCGUCAGGAAGAUCUGCAAGCCUGCUUCGGCAAAAUUGGACGUAUCGUUAACAUUGAACUCAAGACUGGUUAUGGCUUUGUGGAGUUUGAUAACCGGCAAGCUGCUGUCGAAAGUGUCUCUGAGUAUCAUGAAGGGUAUUUCAUGGGGAACAAAAUUCGCGUAGAGCUCUCCCAUGGCGGUAGUCGAACCGCCAAGUUUUCUGGUGAACCUGGUGCCUGCUUCAAAUGUGGCCAACAUGGACAUUGGGCUCGAGAGUGCCCCAAUCAUGUUUUGCCUUUGCGUCAUAAUAAUGAUUCAUCAAAAGUUUCGGAGGAUGCGGUCAUGUCUGAUAGGGUAUCCCACUCUGGACCGAGAGGACCACCACGACACGAGAUGCGUGAGCACGCGCAUCGUGAUGAUCGCAAUCGUUAUGAUUAUCCUGCCCGUGAUGUCCCCAGGGAUCGUUAUAGGGACCCUCGUCCACCUUCACCUCCUGGCUACCGAGAUUAUCCACCACCUCCUAGCCGUGGACCCCCUCGCGACUUCUAUGACGACAGGAGGGAUUAUCGUGGACCCCCUCCCCCUCCUCGCUAUGAGGGUCGACCUCCUUAUCCCGAGUACGACUAUCCGCCACCUCGCGAUGCGUAUGGACCCCGCCCUGGAUACGCCCCUCCUCCGAGAGAUAUGUACGACCGGCGUGCGUCUGACCGUUUCCCGUAUCCUCCCCCUCCCGGUGAUCGUCCUAGGUCGCCCGGCCCUCCAAGGGGACGUGAUGAGUUCCGCGAUUACCCUCCUUACCCGCCCCGUGCUGGAUACCGUGUUCGCAGUCCCAGGCCAACUGAUUACCCUCCUCAAGGAUAUCGACGCCGCUCCGUUUCUCCUCGAGGUGCGUUUGAAGACAACGGCCAUGACAGUUAUGGCCUUGUAAGUGCCAUUGCUGAUCCCUUAUCGAAUGGCACGCCUCGUGGUGUGUCAUAUGUAGGCUAUGCUGGACCCCCUGGCUACCCUCCCAAUGGUGCCGGUGGUGGAAGAUAUCCAAGCCCUCCACCGCCUGGUGGUGCGCCUCCGCGUGGUUCAAUUGGUGGUCCUGGCAGCCGUCCUGGAAGCAUGCCUGGACGUGGGCGGGACGAUCGUGACUACAACAGUCGUCGGGAAGCGGACGGUGCCUUGAACGGUGCGGGCUAUAGGAGGCCCUGA